ACUCGUAGUGUCGAGCAAUAGAGUUCUAAGAUGACGAUUACUUAAUCGACUUCGAUCUGAGCGUCAGAUCGACGCCGAUGGAAAGGUACUUCCAGGUUAUGACCAACGUCGCUCGUAUCGGACCAAAUGGUCGCAUGGGUCACCUGAUGGUGCAGGCCAGAUAUUCGUGGACCGACGAAAAUCAGCUGUGCGUUGAAAUCCGCCUUUCGUCUACCGAAGCGAUCGCCCUCGACGUCGUCAAUCGCUGCCUCGUCAACCUGGCCGGUCACGGCGCGGGCUCGAAGAAGCUGACCGAUCACAUCGUAGCGAUCAACGCCGAGGAGGAAAACUCGACGAAGGUGGGGUCGAUUUUCGACCUGCGUUUCCCGACCCGGUUGACCAAGGGUCGACUGUAUCGAGUGCCGGGUGGAGGUUACGAUCACGAUUUUCCGAUAGCUUCAUCGACUUCCGACCGCUGGUGUCAUAGACUCCACGCCAGGGUCGAGCACCCGGAGUCUGGUAGGUUCCUGGAGGUCUCCUCCAAUCAACCCAGUCUACGUUUCUAUACGGCAAACGAUUUGUCCGAGGUUGGUUCGCCAUCGAUACGCAGCCCUGUUGGACCACGACCACGGUGUUCCAGAUUGGUAUUUUCGGAGGCCCCGAGGAUGAAAGGAGGUGUCAUCUGCAGACGACACGGAGGAUUCCUUCUGGCACCUCGACCCCUCGAAGAUGGUCGACCAUUUCUGCUCCUACCGGGCAGAGUUCUUCUGCACGAGACCAUCUACUGCUUUGGCACUCUUUCGACUCCACAGAAACGUUUAACAAUGUUAUAA